CUUUAGAUUAAAUUAAACUGUCUGUUAGAUGAAGGUGUUGAAUUUCUAAACCCCCCUCCAAAGACCUGCAGAAUCCACCUCUGACUCUUUUUCUGCUGCAGGUACUUUGGGAUCCCGUGCCGAGCGGUCUAUGAGUCGCUGGUUUCUCAGAUUAAGAAGUGGAGAAGCAUGUCUGGCUGCGUCGCAGGAGGCCAGCGCUGCCUGUACAAGCUGCAAUCUGCUUCUGUCCACUUCAUAUCUGCCAAGCACACCACUCCUGCGAAGGGGUCUGUGGACGACAUCAACUUCCGGCUCGUCCCCUUCCUCUUCUUCUCCUGCUGUCACGUCUCGGCGAUGUCCGUCUCUGAGAGCUGGUACGCCGUCAGAGACCACGGCACCAACUACUGCAACCUCUACAACCUGAUAGAAGGAAGUGGCCUCACUGAGUCCAGAGGGUACAGAGAAGUCACCAGUGAGUUCUUCUGCACCCAGCGCUCAUCUGCUAACUGCACCAUCUACUGAUGGAGUUCGGAUCUUCAAUAAUCACAGAAGGAACAUGGAGCCAGAAAAGUCUGACCAGACUGUUGCAGAGACUCACAACAAAUUUGACAGCAGGAGAAUUGAAUCAAUCUUUGAGUCUUUAUGGACGAUCUACAAAGUAUGGACCUUUUGUUGUGUUUGUGGCCCUUUUUGUGCUGCAAUAAUAGACAUCAGGCGGACUUGGAACUCUUCAGGCUUCCAUUACAUUCAGUGUUCUUCCUCCUUCUGCACAUUGCAGUCUUACAGUUCCUGAUAACCAAGCGCCCCCUUGUGGUCACCAAUAUAAUUACAGUUGUAACACAACACCUUUCUUUGACCAUAAAUGGCAAUUCACUUUCAUAAUUGACGAUUUGCAAUUUAGAAAAUGUUGAUCUCAAAUCUGUAACUUUUGCUUUCAUUUCAUAACUAUGGAGGUCAUUAGAGUCCAGUGAACUCAUUAAAUUAAAUAAUAAUGCAUUAAUAUAGCUUUUAUUAAGGCUGGA